AUGUGUCUAUCCACCCAAGCAGCGUCGGACAAGGGCAAGGACGACGCGAGACAACCACAAUCAUCCGGCUUGGGCAGCGUGACGGAGGUGGAGGACGCCCGGGUCUGGCUGUCAACUUGUUCUAAUGCUGGUGUCGCAUGGGUGUGUGAGACGACCGCCAGCCUCGCUUUUGCCGACAUUGCAGAGAGAUUCGGUGGGAGCCUUCAGCCAUGGACUCCAACCAGCCCGUGGCCUAGCCUGGGCGCAGCGAGAGCAGAGCCGAGCGAGGAAACCGCUUGGGAGUAUGUCAACGCAUUCUUCGAAAAUUGCUGGGAAGCUCGCUUGGGUCUCAUCCAUCGCCCAGACUUUGAAGCCCAGCUUCAAGCGCAUUUUCUCGACGAUUCCUCCUCCGGAAAUGAUUAUGCCGAGAUUGCUCUCCGCAACGUCGUGUUUGCGGCUGGUUAUCGAAGCAUAUUGCUCAAAACUGCGAAGAUCCCAUUCCAUGCAGUCCGAAAAGAGGCUUGGGAAGGCUAUUUCGUGAACGCGUUGUCGGUCUUGACUGGACUCCUCUUGUCGCCUUCAAGACUUAUGGUCGUCCAAGCACUGGCAUUGAUGGCUUGUUACGUUGAAGGACUUGGAAGCCCUGACAUUCAGCGCGUGCUGUGCCAUAAUGCGGUGCAUGCGGCACUAACGCAAGGCUUACAUCUUGAUCAUGAGUCGGACCAUCGAACGAGUUCCUCGUCAGACGACCGUCUGAAAAAGACAUGGGUGUGGUGGGCAGUUUAUGCGCUAGAAAAGCAUUUCUGUCUUGUCAGUGGAAGACCGUCGAUGAUUGACGACGACAUGAUCCGUGCAUCAAUCCCAUCCCAUGUCCCUUCCAACAGUACCAUAUAUCUAGAAGCCAACACUCUGGCAGCUCGGCAUGCAAAGAUAUGCUCCCGAAUACUUCGGGAAAUCAUGUCAACAAAGGCAUACAGGUUAUCUCCCCAUGCCCUUCUUAGGGUUGUGAAUGACAUUGACCGACAGCUCAAAAGCCUGCUUGAUGAUUUUCCGAACGACCUCCAGGUUGGUGCGCUCGCCAAACUAUCGGAGGAGACACAUCCAAUGGCCCAUCGUAUCCACACCUUGUAUCUCUACUUCGCAAUCCAUGGAAGUUUAUUGGCGCUUCACUCGCACUUUUUCUACCCCUGGCUUUCCGCCCGGCUUUGCGAUCGUGGUCCAGAUGCUGGCUUGGAGGCGCAGCUACAUUCUUCAUCAAAGACGGUGACGGAGGCAGCCCGGAAGAUGUUACUGGCCGUCCGGACAGUAACCACAAAUGCAGCUACACCUACAUGGCUGGCAGUUACUUAUCCUAUAUAUGCACAUCUGAGCUUGUUUGUCCAUGUGCUGAAGUAUCCGACCUUUCCCACCGCCAGCGCCGACCUUGGCCUGCUUGACAUAUGUGCUGGCCAUUUUGGGUAUAUCGAUUUCAUGACCUCUUCUGAAAUAUCCAUCUCUUUAGCGAGAGAGUCAGUGGGCCUGGCUGCUAAAUUCGUCAAAGCUGCCAAUAAAAGACACGAUAAAGAUCAGACGUCCAGACUUAGCCAUGGGCGUGGGACCCAAAGCACGAAUUCUCAGAGCAAGCGACCAGACAACGGGAACUCCCAGAAUACACACCCUCGGUCGGUUUCUGCAGCACUAGGUCAGGUAAGUGGGCAUUUCAAGGCAAACAGUCUCGGUCUUUGCUAA